CGCAUUUCGUAGAUACAUACUUGUCCAGUCAUAUUCCAUUUGUUGAGGAGACUUAUUCUGUAUUUUUUAUAAUUGGUGGUGCUAAUAUUUAAGAUGAACGGUUUCAAUUUAAUGAUUUGUGUGAUAUUCGUCCAACCAAUUUCCGGCAGUGAGACGGAUGUUGGUGGUGGAGUCGCGGAUAAAAAUCGUCAAAAUUAUGGAUACGAAAUUUUUGUCGGGAAGGGAUCUACUUCAUUGUAUUUCAUAUUGCAAACAACGGGCCACUGGAUGUAUGCCCUUAAUUACUGUCAUAAUCACAACUUUGCGCCUGGUCGAAUCUCGACCGAGCGGGAUUUCGAAAUAGUCUCCAACUUCAUAAAGUCAAACGGACUACCGGAAGCAAAUCAAUCAAUCUGGCUACCCGCCACGGAUCACGGAAAUGAGGGAACGUUUCGCUGGCUGGAUCGCCUUGAUGAGGUUGCCGUAGGCAAUUGGAGUGGUGGAGCGCCCUCUGGAAAUAGAAGUUUGAACUGCUUGAAGAUCAAUAGCGAUGGGUUGUACCAAGGCGAUUCAUGUUCGCGGGGUCGAAGAGCACAUUAUGCGUUAUGUGCCGUAGAAAAUUUGCAUGACAACGACCAAUAUAAUAAUUAUGUGCAGACAGCGCCCAAAAAAUUGAUUGACCUUGUGGAAGAUGAGGUUCGAGGUUUGCGUCCGAUAGGUAGCGUUGGAAGGAAAUUGUACUAUGUGGACGACACGAACAUACUGGAGAAAUCGUGGCUUGAAGGGGUAGAUUUUUGUCACGAAAAUGGAAUGAGAAUCGCCGGCCCAGAAACCGUGGAGGAGAUCGAUUUCUUAAGAAACUUUGCAAAUGAGGAGGCGAACGCGGGAAGGGAUGCACUUUUUCAUAUUGGUGCAACUGACAUGAUGGCGAUGUCCUGUUCACGGGGAAAUACCAAGUUUCGCUUGUUCCAAUUGGGUAAGGAUGUAAUUAGCGAGACGGGUUUGGACGGGUUUGGAGGUUGGUGGUGGUAUAAGUGUGCUUUCAUGACAACGACGGAAUUUCGGGCAUCCGAUUGCAUUAGCGGGGCGCAGUUUAGAAUAAUAUGUGAAGUUGAAAACACUUCAGUUCCAUCUACUACAACCGUCUCGCCAGGACCGAUUUGUGAACCUGGUCAAUAUUUCGUGCCACAUCAAGAUUGUAGAUUUUACUACGUUUGCAAUGAAGAGACUCCUACCUUGGCCCAAUGUCCGAAUGGUCUUUACUGGAAUCAGGAUUUGACAACGUGUGAUUUUCCGGCCAAUGUGGGAGAAUGUGUGGGAGGAACACGGUCACCGUUCGAUGAAAGUUAAGAUCAAUCCAGCAAGCGAAUGGCUAAAGAUUUGUUUGUUUCCUAAAUUUAUUUAAAUAAUUGAAAAGAGUAUAAGAAAUAAAAUGUGAGACCAAUUUUGAAAUAUCCGUAAUUAAUAAAAAUUGCUAAAAAAUAUAAAUGUAGCGAUUAAACACGAAUAACCAAUUUUCUCAAUUUCUACAUGUCUUGAUAAUGAAUAGCAGAUUGCAUUCGAAAUAUUGACAAAAUAAAACAAAUUCUUUUUCUUCGAGUUUUCCACUAAAACUCCGUGUAAUCCAAUUAUUAUUAAACACGAAUACGAUUUGUUAAUGUUAAAAGAGAAUUCGAUUUGUACAUUAUUUAGACUACUUUUUUGAACAAGUCAGAUUAUAUUGGACUAAGUUUGAGCUUAUUAAUAAUAAACAAAUGUAAUAACUUUGUUUAAUA